AUUUCAUUCGGCGGCUGUCAGGACGACAACAGCUUCUCACUUACUCGUUAUCGCUCACCGUGAGGCUCGUUUCGAGAAGACUCAUCACUUUGAUUUGGGUGGAAAUUUAUUUUAAGGGCCUACACCAGUGUGUGGGUUAGUCAAGCAUGAAGUCCAAAGGAAAAGGGUCAAAGCGGGGCAGACAGUCUUGGGCAGAGCAGGACGACCCAGACUUCACCCUGGAAACAGAGCCAGGUUCCAGCGAACAGGAGGGUUCGGAGGCAUCCAUGAGGCUCGGUGGAUCAUGGAGAACGUUGAGAGGUGAGGGGCAUGGUGGUACACGGGUGGGCAAACGUCGUAGACGACAACGCGGCAGUGCUAAGGAACGCAACGUGCGCAGGCUGGAGAGUAAUGAGAGGGAAAGGCAGAGGAUGCACAAACUUAACAAUGCUUUUCAGGGCCUACGAGAGGCCAUUCCUCAUGUUAAAACAGACAAGAAACUUUCCAAGAUCGAAACUCUGACACUGGCCAAGAAUUACAUCAAGGCCUUAACCACCAUCAUACUGGGCAUGUCUAAUGCCUGCCUGCCUCAUGCGGAGGGUCACGUGGAGAUGAACGCCUCCCGGCUCCUGCAGUGCUAUCAGCAGCAUCUGGAGGAGGAGGGGGAGGAGGGUCUCUCCAGCUACCUGAGCCAAAUUCACAGCUUCAGCCAAGACAGCUAACAC